AUGAUCCACUUUAACCUCAACUGUCCUAACAGUCUGCUAGUCCACUGUAACCUCCUCAACUGUCCUAACAGUCUGCUAGUCCACUGUAACCUCCUCAACUGUCCUAACAGUCUGCUAGUCCACUGUAACCUCCUCAACUGUCCUAACAGUCUGCUACUCCACUGUAACCUCCUCAACUGUCCUAACAGUCUGAUAGUCCACUGUAAACUCCUCAACUGUCCUAACAGUCUGAUAGUCCACUGUAACGUCAUCAACUGUCCUAACAGUCUGCUAGUCCACUGUAACCUCGUCAACUGUCCUAACAGUCUGCUAGUCCACUGUAACCUCCUCAACUGUCCUAACAGUCUGCUAGUCCACUGUAACCUCCUCAACUGUCCUAACAGUCUGCUAGUCCACUGUAAUCUCCUCAACUGUCCUAACAGUCUGCUAGUCCACUGUAACCUCCUCAACUGUCCUAACAGUCUGCUAGUCCACUGUAACCUCCUCAACUGUCCUAACAGUCUGAUAGUCCACUGUAACCUCCUCAACUGUCCUAACAGUCUGCUAGUCCACUGUAACCUCCUCAACUGUCCUAACAGUCUGCUAGUCCACUGUAACCUCCUCAACUGUCCUAACAGUCUGCUAGUCCACUGUAACCUCCUCAACUGUCCUAACAGUCUGGACUCCAGCAGCAGUCAAGUCAUCUCCAGGCCAGAGCUCCAGAUGAGAGGUCCCCCCCUCUGCCCCCCGCUGCCCCCACUGACCCCGCUGCCCCCCACUGACCCCACCUCUCACUGCCCCCCUCUGCCCCCCGCUGCCCCCCUCUGCCCCCCUCUGCUCCCUGCUGCCCCCCACUGCCCCCACCUCUCACUGCCCCCCUCUGCCCCCCGCUGCCCCUCUCUGCCCCCCUCUGCCUCUCGCUGCCCCCCACUGCCCCCCUCUGCUCCCCGCUGCCCCCCAUUGCCCCCACCUCUCACUGCCCCCACCUCUCACUGCCCCCCUCUGCCCCCCGCUUCCCCCCUCUGCCCCCCGCUGCCCCCCACUGACCCCGCUGCCCCCACUGCCCCCACCUUUCACUGCUCCCCUCUGCUCCCCGCUGCCCCCCUUUGCUCCCCGCUGCCCCCACCUCUCACUGCCCCCCUCUGCCUCUCGCUGCCCCCCACUGCCCCCCUCUGCUCCCCGCUGCCCCCUCUGCCCGCCGCUGCCCCCCAUUGCCCCCACCUCUCACUGCCCCCCUCUGCUCCCCGCUGCCCCCCUCUGCCCCCCGCUGCCCCCCACUGCCCCCACCUCUCGCUGCCCCCCUCUGCCCCCCGCUGCCCCCCACUGCCCCCACCUCUCACUGCCCCCCUCUGCCCCCCGCUGCCCCUCUCUGCCCCCCUCUGCCUCUCGCUGCCCCCCACUGCCCCCCUCUGCUCCCCGCUGCCCCCCAUUGCCCCCACCUCUCACUGCCCCCACCUCUCACUGCCCCCCUCUGCCCCCCGCUUCCCCCCUCUGCCUCCCGCUGCCCCCCACUGA